GCAAGAAACUGUCAAAACAAGAAUUUCAAAUUCACUUUUCGCGGCUUGCCCGGCUGGUCGAUUUGCGGCUUUCGUCAGUGCAUUAUUUUAAUUUAUCUUGUUCCGUUUGAUUCCGUUAAUGAAAAAAUCGCUUCAGUUGUAACGCACAAUGAGUGCCAACAAGAAGGAACCGGAAUCGGUGGGCUUCUGGCUGCCCAACCAGGUUGGCACCAAAGCCGAUGUGUUGACGCCGCACAAGCUGGCGGUGGUGUUUCUGAUCCAAGAGUAUCUGACGUUGAAAAAGAACGCCGAAGACAAUCCGGGGCUGGACUUUACCGCACGGGAUAGGCGAAAGUUUUGCCUGCUGCUGCUGAAACUGAUCCAGUAUCCGGACAUGGCGUACAAGGAUUUGCACGGUUUGCUGACGUCGCCAGUAUACGGCAUUCACCAGGCCCACAUGGACGAAUUCGAGCGGCUUAUGAAGAUGCUUAAGACGGUGGGCGUUGAGGUCCUAUUCGAUUUAUACAACGUAAUCGAUAAACUCAUAACCGACAACGCCAGCAGCUAUCAGAUCGGUAUUGUAGGAUUGUACUUUCGGCGUGUCUAUGUAACGCUGGACAAAAUGAGCUUUCCCGAAUUUAUGGCUCUGUAUCGUAAUUCAGUAGCGUACUAUGAAAAAGGGGCUCGCGCUGUUCAGAUUUCCAAUAACAGCUUUGCGAAUAGCGAGAGCUUUAUGAAGUUGGACGCUCAGGCUACCGGAAAGGAUAAGAAUUCCUCCGGCAAAUGGUCUACGAAACAGGCGGAGCUGUUUGUUGCACAGCAGAGUACGUUGCUACAAAAUAAUGAGAUAACGGCACUGAGCCCGAAGGAAAUGCAGGUCAAGUUGAAUGAGAUUGUUCACGACCAUCCGCUGUAUUCACAAGCUUAUUUUCUCAGUUAUUUAAACAGUGUGAGAGUGAGGGACUUUUUUAAUGCUGUCGAUGCCCUACAUCGAUCGUUCGAUAGAAGUUCAUUGAAUUCGAUGAACUACUUGGCCCAGGACAGUAAGGAGUACCAGUACUCAGCGUUGAAUUUAGCGAUUCUACAUGCCCAGUUUAAUCAUACGGAGGAAGCAUUGGCGAGUAUUAAGGAGUGUAUAAUGUUGGCGCAAGAAAACAGCGACAAAAUCUGCCUGCAAUUGGCUCACUCGUGGUUAUGCAUGCUGGAUUCAAGUAAACCACAAUUCUCAGAACGAAAUAUUGCGAACAAAGAAUUGAUAGCUUUGGUGCAUUCAAUAUCGUUGGGUAUUCAGUCGCUGGUCAAAUCAUCUGCCUUGACUGGCUAUACUCCGGCUAAACUGUUUGAGGUGUUGAUCAAAAGUGACAUACUGAAUUGUCAAACAUCGAUGAUGGAUUUGAUAGCCAAUGGAAUCGCCGAAAGAGCAGCACUUUGGGCAAUGUACGGAAAGAAUGAAAUUUCAUCGUUAUUCUCUCAACUAUUGUUGAGCUCGGAUUUAAAAUCACUUGGGAAAACGUACAAUGGCGAAGGAAUUUGUCAAGCACUUUGCUCUCUGAUUGUUUGGCUUGCAAUGCAAGGUGAAUUCAACCUGGCGUUGGUUGUUUUGAAACACACUCGAACAAGAUUUUCUCGUUACCCAUCUUCGAAAAGCUGGAUGAUUGCAGAUUACUACAUUACUUCAAUGCAGUGCAUCUACCGAUGUGAAUGGACCGAUGCCAGCAAUGCUUGUUAUCAACUACACCCUCUGGACGAACAUUUGUCCUUGCUUCAACGAGCUCGAUUGGCUUUGGCUAGAAUGAAUUUGAAAUCGGCGGAUCAGCUAGUUCGGCAAUUGCUCGAUGAUGAGUCCACGGAACCGCUUACUCUCGUCAGGGCUCUCCUUUUAUCAGCUCACACCCUCAGCCUUACUCCCGAUAACACCAAAAUGGAAGUGAUCAAUGUCUUAAACGAUGCCCUAGCCAUUGCCACCAAAAACUACCUUGACUACGAGAAAGCGCUGAUCGACCUGCACUUUGCUCACGUACUUCUUACCAUGAAACUUCACCAUCAGGCUCACAAGUCCAUAAAGGGCUGCCUCGAAAACAUCCUAGCCAACGGUGGAAUCUACGAUAAGGCGAAAGUGCUUUUCCUUUUCGUUAAAUGUACCUUAGCAGUCGAGCAGCAACCGGCAGGAAAGUUGCUCAAAAUGGAAAAAUGUCUACCAAUGCUGGAGCAAGCCAUCGAGUACUUCCACAAGCUGGAAUGCUACGUCAAAAUGAAGGAUGUCUACAUUUUCAUAGCCACGUUUUACCACCAGAUGGAAAAGCGCGAAGAACGGAACAAGUAUGCCUACAAGUUCCGCCAGCUCGAGGAACAGUAUCCCACGGCUAGUGAAUAUUUAAACCUUUUCUACUAGCCAGUAAUAAUAAACUGAAGAAUAACGUGAAACAAUGCCCGGUGAAUCCUUCGAAAUCCUUU